AUGAGAGCCAAGUGGAGGAAGAAGCGUAUGCGCAGGCUGAAGCGUAAAAGGAGAAAGAUGAGGCAGAGGUCCAAGAGGCGCUACACCUCCCGCACUUACAGAGGAAGUGUGCGCAUUGUAAACAUUGAGGCUAUGGCGGAGGAGGAACACGACAUAAACGACAACAUGGGGAAUCAGCUGCAGCUCCUGCCAGAUAAUGAGGAAGACGAGGAGGAUGAAGAUGAGAUGGAGACAGAGGACAGAGACAGCGAGGAUCCAGAGAAGCCGAGCACCAUCACGUUUGACCCCAGUCUCCCGACGUCACACGCUUACCUAGGCUCGGACAUGGAAGAGUUCACGGGUCGGACGGUUCUGGAUGACGACAGCUGUCAGACAAUGCCGGUGCUGCCUCAGGCCUCGCUCAUGCUGGUCCCGGGUCAGACUCUCCCCCUGCAGCUGUUCAGACCUCAGGAGGUCAGCGCCAUGAGGGCCCUGGUCCUCAGGGACAGAACCUUUGCUGUGCUCGCAAACACUGCGGCUGGAGAAGCUGAGUCUGAGGCGAUGUUCGGGACUACAGCAGAGAUCUACGCCUACAGAGAGGAGCAGGAGUACGGCAUCGAGACGGUGAAGGUCAAGGCCAUCGGACGCCAGCGAUUUACAGUCCACGAGAUCCGCACUCAGGCCGACGGCAUCAGACUGGCUAAAGUCCAGAUCCUGCCGGAGAGAGUCCUUCCUGAUGCCCUGUCGUCUGUACACCUCAGUGCACUGUCCAAGCUGCACCCCCACCCCUCCUCCAGACCCCCCACGCAGAGCCGGAAGGAGGCGCAGAAGUGGUGGAGCCGGUACAAGCAGAGGAAGUUCAGCUGUGCCCGUGUGACGCCCUGGCCGCCUUGGGUGUAUGCCCUGUACGAUGCGGAGUCACUCAUGAACCGAGUCAAGAAGCAGCUCCAUGAGUGGGACGAGAACCUGAAGGAUGAGUCUCUGCCCUCUAACGCCAUAGAUUUUUCGUACAGAGUGGCCGCUUGUCUUCCCAUCGACGACGCUCUCCGACUGCAGCUGCUGAAGAUCGGCAGUGCCAUCCAGAGGCUGCGCUGUGAACUGGACAUCAUGGACCGGUGCACUUCUCUCUGCUGCAAGCAAUGCCAGGACACAGAAAUCACCACAAAGACUGAGAUUUUCAGUUUGUCGUUGUGUGGACCGAUGGCGGCAUACGUCAAUCCUCACGGUUACGUCCACGAAACGCUGACUGUUUAUAAAACCAACAACCUGAGUCUGGUGGGACGCGCUUCUACACUGCACAGCUGGUUUCCAGGUUAUGCGUGGACCAUCGCGCAGUGUCGUUCCUGUGGUUCUCACAUGGGCUGGAAGUUCACCGCCACAAAGAAAGACUUAUCCCCAACGCGGUUCUGGGGCCUGACGCGCUCCGCCCUCUUACCCAGAAUCCCUCCGGGCGAAGGCGACGAGGCGGGAGACAACCAGAGGCUCUUCUUGAGGGUGGUCCAGAGAGAGUGCGAGACCCGAGAGUGCGAGACCCGAGAGUGCGAGACCCGAGAGUGCGAGACCCGAGAGUGCGAGACCCGAGAGUGCGAGACCCGAGAGUGCGAGACCCGAGAGUGCGAGACCCGAGAGUGCGAGACCCGAGAGUGCGAGACCCGAGAGUGCGAGACCCGAGAGUGCGAGACCCGAGAGUGCGAGACCCGAGAGUGCGAGACCCGAGAGUGCGAGACCCGAGAGUGCGAGACCCGAGAGUGCGAGACCCGAGAGUGCGAGACCCGAGAGUGCGAGACCCGAGAGUGCGAGACCCGAGAGUGCGAGACCCGAGAGUGCGAGACCCGAGAGUGCGAGACCCGAGAGUGCGAGACCCGAGAGUGCGAGACCCGAGAGUGCGAGACCCGAGAGUGCGAGACCCGAGAGUGCGAGACCCGAGAGUGCGAGACCCGAGAGUGCGAGACCCGAGAGUGCGAGACCCGAGAGUGCGAGACCCGAGAGUGCGAGACCCGAGUUAUUGCUGUUUAA